AAUUUUCGCUCCUGUUUUAGGUUUGGGAGCGCUUAUCGAUCAAACUUCUUCUCUUCCACUUCCACAACCUCAGGAGACAAACACAGAGUCGGCCGUGGAUCUUCUUCCUAGACGACCAACCACAAGCUAUGGCUGCUCCCGAAGCUCCGCUCUGUUACGUCGGCGUCGCUAGACAAUCCGCAGCUUUUCGCCUCAUGAAGCAGAUGGGAUGGGAAGAAGGAGAAGGACUUGGCAAGGACAAGCAAGGGAUCAAAGGCCAUGUUAGAGUUAAGAAUAAACAAGAUACUGCCGGAAUUGGCACUGAGAAGCAGAACAAUUGGGCUUUUGAUACCACACAAUUUGACGACAUCUUGAAGAGACUGAAAGUGCAAGCAGUAAAAAACAGUGAGGAAGCUGCAGAGAAAGAUGACACUUCAAAGGAAACUGUGGAUGAUGCAACUGAUGAUCGGGAUCUGGCUACUAAGGCAACACGACCUCAAGGAAGAUACAAGAGAAGAGAGAGGGGAAAGCUUGUCAAUGCAUACUCUUCUAAGGAUCUUGAAGGGAUCCUUGUAAAAAAGGUGGAGGAGUUACCACAAACAUGUUCUAAUGCAGAAACGGAACCGGAGUCAUCGGAGGAAUCUGAAAUUGACCUUCUCACUGAAGAAAACAAAGCUAGUGUUUCUUCUGAUUGGUGGGGCUACAAGUAUGGAUUUAUUUCCGGAGGAUAUUUGGGUGCUGAAUCCAAACGAAGAAAAGGCCUUCAAACCAAAAGCAAGGAGAAUGUGCAUGAGAGAAUUGCCUUUCAUGAAGAUGAUCAAGAGAAUCUCUACAAGCUUGUCCAAGAUAAAUCUACAACUGGAAAGCAAGGACUGGGUAUUAAGAGUAGACCAAAGAAAGUAGCGGGCUGCUACUUUGAAGGGAAAAAGACUUCCUUUGAUGACAGUGAUGAUGAAGAAACCAGCGAUGCUGCACCUCCCUUGAAACGGAAGUACGAUGACUCCUUCAGCACAGGAACAGUAAAACCCAAUGGGCAGCAGAAAGUGAAGUUGAGAAAAUUGUGUAAAACAAUUCUUGGCCAAGUAACUGGGGAAUCUUUGAAGCUGAAACAGCUGAAAGCUUUGAUUGAUGAACGCACCACUUCAGUUUUUGCCAACUAUUCAUCUAAGAAAGAUGCACUUGCUUAUUUGAAACAGAAGCUUGAGAGCAGUGGGAAGUUUUUGGUAGAGGGUAAAAGAGUGAGUCUGCGGUCAAAGAGUGGUUGACAAUUUUGUAGUGUAGUCUGAAAUACCUAUGGCGAUCUGUAUAUUGCAGAGAGAUUAGAGGACAAACAUAUAUAUGAAGCUCUCUUGUGGUAUUUUCUUCUAAACCGAAUUUUGUCCCAUCAACUAUUCAUUUCUUCUGCCUCGUCUUACGUCUGAUUAUAAAGUAGGCAGAGGCUAUGUUAGAAAGAGCUUUGAUUAUUUGUAUUAGUAAUGUUCUUUGAAUUAUGGUCUUGGAUUCUAAUUCAUAUAUGAAUUUUUUUUUCUGCCCA